UGAUAGCAAACGCGAGACACUCAGUGAAAUGAUUCUUGAGACAAUCAACUAGAGACGCGAUUGCUAUUUCAUUGCUUCAGCUUGACGCCUUAGGUGAACGCGGGGCUAGGAGAUUGCGACGGACGCUCAGUGAAAUGCUUAUCGAGCCUUAGCUAUGAGUUAUCGACCGCGGUCAGAAGAGUCGUCGUGUAUUUUCAGCUGUUGUUAUCGUUAUAACCCGUACCAACAUUUCGCGGUCCUUCCAAAUCUCAAAGCCCCCUUCUGACUCCACGAACCAGACUAGUUUGACAAGUCGGCAUGACCCAUGACAUGUCGGUUCUUUCGUGUGCUUAGUCCUGCUACGGAUAGGAGUACUAGCGACCAGUAUGGACUAGUCGACCAACUGAGAAUUAAUCGUCCAGCACAAUGGACUCGUCGCAGCGUCCAUUGCAUCCGGCACUGAAACCGCCUGAUCCGGUCGAACGGCUAUUGCCACGUGGCAACACGGAAGACGCCGUCGUCAGUAUCGACCAAUCGCCGCAGCCGGACCUGCGGCUGAGCGAAGGCGCGUUAGACGGGCUCCCCGUGCUCGCGUCGUUCCGCGCGGAAGAAUGGGACCUAGAGCAGGGGGAGCCGCGGGAGGCGCCAGGCACGCGCGCGGAAGGAACCAGCGCGGGACUCCGUUCAGGGGAUGUAGCAGGCGUCGGUGAUUCAGGCAGUCUUGGGAUUGCCUCGCUUCCAGCAGCAGCAGCAAGACUGAGUGGCCUGGAGAGGCCCGAUGGGGAAGGGGAGGAGGGCGAGGGGUUAACUUAUUCGGACUCAGAGACAGGCCUAGCAGCAUCAUCAUCGUCAUAUUCCUCAGAGGCCAUCAUAGCGUGCUUCGUGCACGGGGGGAACCGCCACCUCUGGCCGUUCUGCGUGGACGCGCGGCGGCUGUGGUGGUACUGGCGGGCGGUGCUCGUGCUGCUGGUGGCGGUGGUCAUCUUCGGCGCGUCGCUCUUCAUGGCGUGGCUCGGCAAGAUCGGCGACGCGCUGCUCGUGCCCUGCCCCGUCUGGCCCACGUCCGGCCUCGCCCUCUUCGCUGUGCUCGUGUUCGGCUGGGCCACAUGGCCGGGCAUCUUCCUGGGCAGCGCGCUCCUCGUGUACACGGGGGCGGCGUGGCACCUCACAGCGCACCUCACCCUUGCUCAAGUCGCCCUCGCGUCCCUCCUCAUCGCCGCCUUCCGCACUGCCUCCGUGCUCUCCCUCUCCUUCUUCCUCACUCGCAUCCUGCACCGCCUGCGCCCCAACGACCUCACCCCUGUCGACCGCGUGAAAGACAUCUUCCUCUUCGCAUUGUUUUCCUUCCUCGUCUCGCUGCUCUUCGAGGGGGUGGCUGCGGUCCUAGUCAGCAUGUGGGACGCUGACCUGGCGGGGGACAGCGUGGCGGUGGCAGCGGGGCUGCGCACGCUGGGGUCGUUCACGGGGAUCGUGCUGACGGUGCCGCUGCUCAUGCAGGUCACUGCCUGCUGAAUCAGCCUUCGCUGCUGCCACGAAUAUCCAGCCUCCCCUAGAUGAGCAGCACGGGCGACGACCCCUGGGUGUGGAUGUGGCGUCAGUAAUGGCUGUAGGAUCCGAUGUAGAUGCGACAUCAGUGGGGGAAGGUGCGGGCAGCAGCAGGCU